AGGAAGUCAUUAAAGGCAGCAUGACUGCACCUAAAUCACAUUGUUGUUGACCGUGUCAUUCUAAGCUACAAGUGGAUGACAAUUAGAGUUGUAUCGUCUCUGUGGUAGUUAUUCAGUGAGAACUACCGGCUGCGUGGCUUUCGGUAUCUGUGAAGUGUUUGAAACAUGAAGAGACCCCCGAGCCUGUUUCAGUAACGUUGAGCUAACUGCGGUGGAAACGCUGAGUGCUGUUGACGUUAACGCCUGCUGGUUGCACAGCUGACGCCAACGCUGGAUACUUCACAAGGCCUCAAGUCAUGCCUCGGUCCACAGUUGUACUGUGAAUCCGCCAAAACGUUACCUCGAGCCAGGGGAGCGUAGUAGAAGCAGCCGUUGCAGCGGGGUUGACCUCUUGUGUGAGAGGGCUGGGUUACAGACAUGCACCCACCAUCUCGACAGGACUAUGUAUCUAUAAGCUUUGCUGGACAAGGAAGUGAAAGUUACAAUAACAGUAAGCAGUGGAGGAGACAGUCCUGCUGGAGGAAAUGGAACCAGCUGUCCAGGCUGCAGCGGAGCCUCAUCCUCUUCGUCCUCGUCCUCCUCUUUAUUUGUGGAAUUGCUUCCUAUCCUGCUGUUACUGAACACCUCAAUGGCCUUAAAGAGAGAGAGCAAGACACAAACCAUAACAGCGUCUUGAGGCCUGUCAUUCCACAUGUGCUGCCUGAGCCUGCUAAACCGGCCCAACCGCUACUGCCAAAACCAACCUCCCAGAGGAAAUUAUCCAAUAAGAGAGGGCCGCCGGUCCUUCAGAAUCGUCUUCAGAAGAAAGGGAAUGCUUCAGAUACAGCAGCUGACGGCAAGAAAAAAGGAGAGGAGGAGGGAGUCAUCAGCUGGCGUGGGGCGUUGAUCGACACUGAGCGGGCCACAGAAGGCAACAAGGAUGAGGAAAACAAUGACCAAAAAGCCAAAUCCUCUAAGGAGUCAGAAGCCAGCAGGCUGGAGGCAGUGCAGGCAGCUUUCAGACAUGCAUGGAAGGGUUAUAAAGACUUUGCUUGGGGCCACGAUGAGCUCAGGCCCCUCUCCAAGUCCUACAGCGAGUGGUUUGGCCUGGGUUUGACGCUUAUCGAUGCCCUGGACACCAUGUGGAUCCUGGGACUUAAAGAAGAAUUUGAAGAGGCAAAGGCGUGGGUCGCCACAGAGCUCACAUUCAAUAAGAAUGUAGAUGUCAACCUGUUUGAAAGCACCAUCCGCAUCCUGGGAGGCCUGCUGAGUACCCACCAUCUGACUGGAGACACCAUGUUCCUAGACAAAGCUAAAGACAUCGGCUCCAGGCUGAUGCCAGCCUUCAACACCCCGUCCAAGAUCCCCUACUCCGAUGUGAACAUUGGGAAGGGGACAGCCCACCCUCCUCGUUGGACCUCAGACAGCACUGUGGCGGAGGUUACAAGCAUCCAGCUGGAGUUCAGAGAGCUUGCCCGCCUCACACAGGAACCACAUUACCAGGAUGCGGUGGCUGAGGUUAUGAAACAGGUCCACAAGCUGGAUGGCAAGCUGGAUGGUCUUGUGCCCAUGUUUAUCAACACAAACAAUGGACAGUUCACCCAUCAAGGCAUCUACACACUGGGAGCCAGAGCAGACAGUUACUACGAAUACCUGCUGAAGCAGUGGAUCCAGGGAGGCAAGAAGGAGGACCAGCUCUUGGAGGACUAUCUGCAGGCAAUAGAGGGUGUAAAGAAGAACCUGUUGCAGAAGUCUUCACCAAAUGGUCUCACCUUUGUUGGAGAGCUCUCACAUGGACAGUUCAGCCCUAAAAUGGACCAUCUAGUGUGCUUCCUGCCAGGCACUCUGGCCCUUGGUGCUCACAACGGCCUGCCUGCUGAUCACAUGGAUCUGGCCAAACAGCUGAUGGAGACCUGUUACCAAAUGUACGUCCAGAUGGAGACUGGCCUCAGUCCAGAGAUCGUCCACUUCAACAUGCAUCAGGGCAGCACCCGAGACAUCGACGUAAAGCUUGCAGACAGACACAACCUCCUGAGACCAGAGACAGUGGAGAGUCUCUUCUACCUGUACAGGUUCACCAAGGACCACAAGUACCAAGACUGGGGCUAUGAGAUUCUCCAAAACUUUAACAAGUACACCAAG